AACUUGUCCCAUGCAGUCUGAUCAACACCCAUCACGCUGACAGCAGACACAGUAAAUUUUCAUUGUUUUAGGUCACGUCGCCCCAGCAGGCCCAGGGGUCAAGGUUGCGUCUGCUGUGGGUCCGCAGCUGCAAAAAGGCUCUCUGUUUUUCCCAAGACCCUCCGCUGCUGCCGACCUGCCUGGGGACGCCAUGCAACUCUCCUGAGUCUGCUCUCUUGGCAGUGAGCGCCCGUGGGAGGCUGGGUGAGAGAUAACGUACCGCUUGAAGAUCCCCACAUUACCUCACCAGAUAAGGCAGAGGGAGGGGAUGGAGCUGAGCGGAGUGGACAUUGGGCCUGAAUUGGGUGGAAGAGAGGGCUGAGCCCCUUCACGCAGCUCGAGGGAGACACUGAAGCGCCGUCAUUUAGACACUGGUUUGGUGGCCUCGCCGGUGGUUCCCAUGGCAGAGCGAGGGGUACGAGAGGAUGCGGCACAAGAGUGGGGAGAGAUGGGAGGAAAGAGUGUGCGGACGCAGAGAUGGACACAACCAUGCGUAAAACAGGCAACACAUCGAGAGCCAAAGAAGUGGGCAAAGUCUGGGCCGACUCCAUCCAGGGCAUGUAAGAGCCAAAACUCUCCUGAAAAUGCCGCGAGAGAGAGGAGUCGUGUUCGGAACCUCAGACAAGCCUUCCACAGCUUGCAGGCUGCUUUACCCUCCGUCCCUCCCGACACAAAACUCUCCAAGCUGGAUGUUCUGGUUCUGGCCACCAACUAUAUCGCCCACUUGACCGAAACCCUGGACCAGGGUGGGAUGUUGGGGGACCAUCCAAUCCUGCAGAGAGCAGAGUACCUGCAUCCUGUGAAGAAAUGGCCCAUGCGUUCUCUUCUCUACUGUGGGAACAUGGGAGAGCGACUAACAGGAGCACAUGCCAGUCAGGAGGCAUCUUGCCCACCUAAGGUGAAAGCAGACUAAUGGACUGAGAAAACAUCUGACAAUUGUUGGACAAUUCCAUUUUUUGUGAAUGGAAAAUAGAUCUGAAAGUAGGAUCUCUUUUAUCAGUUGCCUUGACCACACAUAUACUAGACACUUCCACAUUUUUUACCUUUUAUUUUGAUAAAUCACUAGUAUAUAAUUGUUUAUAUAUUAUCCCACAUAUAUACUGUAUAGCUGGUUGUUCACUUGUCCCAGUCUUCCAUAGGAAGUGCAUAACUGUACAAAUUAGUGCAUAACUAAUACAUAACUAGUACAUAGUGCAUAACUAUUAAAAAUUAGUGCAUAAGUGUUAACUAAUUUGUAUUCGUUUGUAUAAACUUUGUAUAAAAAGAAAUUAUUAUCUGUGGUAAUAGACAUCAUGCCACAACAUCAGUAUUUUGUUGGCAAUUUUAGUGAGAAGUAUUAAUAAUAUGAAUACAGAAAUAACAUAAAUAUUUCACAAGAACACAGAAUUUGUAAAACUCGUAUUUUGAAAAGUUAACAUUAUUCGAAAUUUUAAGAGCUAAAGUAAAUAAUUUAGAUCAUAGGAUAAUAUCCCAUAAUUUUUUUUACCAACUUAUAUUGAUUCUAGGGAAGAAAAGUUAGAUCCUUAGAUUUGCUCUUACCCUUCAAAGCAUAACUAAAAGUUAACAGUUCACUUUAUCUCUUCUGGCUGUCCGUAUCCUGAGUGUUUGGGCUUAAUAUGCAUGUUUUGCACUUGAUAGUAAUAAAAUUAAUGGCUUGAUUAGUGGGAAGGGAGGAUUGUUGUAGGGAACAUUUGGUAACCACACAUGGGUAGACAACCCCCAUGUCCUCUUAAUCACGGGUAGCUCAGCAGAUUGUUUCAAAUUAUUAUAGGCAGUAAAACCACAUUCAAAAUAUUUUCCCCUCCAAAAGUAACAGAGUUCUUACGGAAUUUGCUUGGAAAACAAAACAUUUACCGAGCACUUACUCUUAGGAACGAGGAUGCACUGCCAUAUUUGGUAUUGUUCAACUAUAAUAUUCUAUAAAGCAUGCAUGUAUAUGCCUCUAUACGAUCAGCAGGUAUAGUCAUCAUGUCUACUCGUGUACCCUCAGGUGGGUUGCUGAUGUGUUUGACAGCUAUUGAGAACAGAUUGAGGUUGAUUAGGGUCAAUCCCCCGGUUUCACAGACAAGGUUUAAGCCUGUUUUAACUGAAAGCAUCUUGCACUGACAUUUAAUAAUGUUUUGUCUCAAGAUGCACACCAGUAAGGCACGUUUAUAAAAGCUACUUUAAUAUCCUAAUUGAACUAAGGCCUGAUCCUGGCUUAAAACAUGGCCUAUUAUCAUUAACUUUGACAUAGAUGAACCUUAAGUUCACUGCUUUACUCUCUUUUCUUGAUGAACAAGAAAAUUAGUGACACAGUCUAAAUUCUUUAUGAGAGAAAUUUGACUUCCAAAUGAUUGCAGACACACUUGACUGAAUUUAUGUUUCUCGUUAUCUUAAAAACAUUUUGGUCUAAGCUAAUGCUUAAAUGCUUGAAAUUCAUUUGGGAACUUCUUCAGUACUGUUUAACUCAUACAUGGAUAAUUCAGUCCCAAAGGAGAAAAACAUCUUCAUGUUUCAUUUUUUUUUUUUUUUUUUUUUAAAGAAUAAAAUUAUUCUCAAUCUUUUCAUCUUUCAUCAAAAUAAUAAAUUUCGAGGAGUUUGUUGUAAUAGAAGAUAGCAAAAAAUAUAAAAUAUGUUAUAUAUAAAAAAACACAAUGACAUAAAGAAGACAGACAUGCAGAGUUAUGGGUAAGGGUCAAAGGUCAUCAUCUAUGGUGGUUUGCAUGUAACUUCAGAACCUGAAUGGUUAAAAAUGGUUUCCCACUACAGCAAACAACAGGCAUCAACAGUUUUGUGGGUAACGCAUUUCAAGUUAUGUAAUCAGAUUACUUUUUUCAAGUAACUAGUAAAGUAACACUUUACUUUACUAGUUACUUUACUGUACUGUUAAGUAAGUAACGCAAGUUACUUAGUUUUCCCAUUUACUGACUGACUUUGUAUUUCCUUUAGCCUGAGGCUUCACUUUUGGUGCCAAAAAAUUUAACUUUUUUUGUUAUUAAAAACAAACAAGCAAACCCAGCCCAGGUAAGAAAAAGUAACACAAAAGUAAUGUAACAUUACUUUCUAAAAAAAGUAACUAAUUAAAGGAAUUAGUUACUUUUUUAAGGAGUAUCCAGUGUUGCCAAUUGCUUUCAGCUGAAAGUAGCUAAAAGUGGUUGCUAAAUGUCGCUAGAUGAUGUCAUACUGAGUCUAUAUUAAUAUAGAUCAGUGGGUGAGUCAUGGAAUCUAGAUGAGGUUUGUCGCUAGGCUUUUGAAAAAAAGUCUCAAAAGGGGCGCUAAAUUGGCAGCAUUACUGUAACGCAUUACUUUAAAACUAACUUUCCCCAACACUGUGCAUCAGAGGGUUAAAAGCAUCCCAUGAUGCACCUCAUGAAUUAUGUAUGAAUAUGUGGAAUAUAAUAAUAAUGUGGAAAUUUAUAACAAACGACUCAUUCUUUGUUAUUAAAGGAUUAGUCCACUUUUAAAUAACUUUUCCUGAUAAUUUAUUCACCCCCA